AAGAAGAAUCCACAGACAGCUACUCAGAACUCGGGGGACGUACGUAGAAUACGUUUGUCAGCUGUCAGUGCACUUUACAGCCUGGUUUCCAUACAAAGGUGACGUCAUCAUUUCUGCUGUUGGCAGAAUAGUAGUUUAAACAGAACACUCACAGACAACACAGCAGCAGACAGUUGUAGUUCCAUCAUGGCGGAGGAUAUGUUUUCCCUCAUGAGUCUCGAAGACGAACUGAGCUGUAGCAUCUGCCUCUGUGCUUUCGACUGUCCGGUGACAAUUCCAUGUGGACACAACUUUUGCCAAGAGUGUCUCCUAGAAACCUGGAAAGACAACUACAGCUGUCCACAAUGCCGGACCCACUUCACCACCAAACCAGAGCUGAAGAAGAACACCGUUCUCAGCACUGUUGUGGAAACGUUCAAAAUGAAGUCGAAUAAAAGCGACCUCCCCAGUGAGGUGGGCGACUUAAUCAUGUGGGAUGCGGUCAAGAUGGAGCCCAAAGAGGUGGCUAUCUUGUGCGACACCUGUAUGGAAGCCAAAGCAUUCAAGACCUGCCUCACCUGUAUGGCGUCGUUCUGCCUUGAGCACGUGAGGCCUCAUCAUGAGAACCCAGUGUUUGGCGCGCAUCAGCUGAACGAGCCUCUGGGCGACCUGCGCGACCGUAUCUGCACCGACCACCACAAGCUGAUGGAGUUCUACUGUGUCCAACAUGGCCGCUGUAUCUGUGGUGUCUGUCUGCAGCAGGUGCAUAAAGGCUGUACCUUCUCCAGCCCUGAUGAACAACGGGCACUGCAAGAGUCUGAUUUGAGGGGCAAGUUGAGUCUGCUGGAUGGAAAGAUUGACAAGAACCAGACUGUCAUCUCUCAGAUGAGUGACCAGCAGAGCAAGUUGAAGGACUCUGCAGCCAGCAGGAAGAGAGCUCUGGAGGACGAGUACCGCCAAAUCCGGGAGCUGCUGGACCGUGACGAGCGUGAGGCUCUGAACACCGUGGACCGCGAGCAGGAGAGCGCUCAGACCAAACUCCAGAACCUCAUAAAGAAGUUCAACCAGAACAUUGCGAAGCUUAGUGCGGCAAAAGAUGGCGUCGACAGCCUGCUCAGUCAGACUCAGACCGUGGCUUUCCUACAGGCCUCAGUUGACAUGCCGGCAGCAGUGGCCUUUGACCCCUAUACCCCGAAGGUCAACCUGGACUCUAAGGCCUUGGCAGCCUGGCAUGCCUACUCUGCAGUCCUGAGGGAGCAUCUCACACAUGUACUGAAACAGCCUGUAGAGGCCAGACUGCAGAUACUCAAACCAGCUGAGAGGUUUGCUCCUCCUCUGCUGCCAAACUUCUAUGAAAUGGGAGGCAUGCCACCACAAGGUCACCUGAGAAUGCCUCGAUCCCACAGCCCAGGAGCUCCCCUCAGGGCAAACCAGAGGAAGAAGCCUCCACAAGAUUCAAACCGAGAGAGAAAGUCAGACAAGAAACGAGAUCACAAGGAAGGGAAAGAACAUAAGGCUGACAAAAAUCCCCAAAAGCCACCUAAUGCUCCCAGAGAGUUCGCCACUCCUGUUCCACACACACCAAGGGACCACCCCAGAGGACAAUCAGCAGAACCCAGACCCAGGAACAGGGAGGACCCAGGACAACCAAGUGUUCUCCCAAGUAUCACGUCUGCAGCAAAACGAAAUGACCUUCUGCAAUAUGGCACGGUUCUCACCCUUGACCCCAAAACAGCCCACAAGCGCAUCUCCCUCACAGAGAACAUGACCGUGGCCUCUGUGUCAGACGAGCCCACCCCUUACCCCGAUGGCCCCGCCCGUUUCUCCGUCUGCAGCCAGGUGCUCACUUCCAAGGGCUUCUCCCGCGGCCGCCACUACUGGGAGGUCAAGAUGAGCAGCAACAACUUCACCGGCAUCGGCCUGGCCUACAACAGCAUCGACCGGAAGGGUCCGGCUAGCCGGCUGGGGCGUAACGCCCAGUCCUGGUGCGUGGAGUGGUUCAACGUCAAGCUGUCGGCCUGGCACGCCAGCAGUGAGACUGUACUGCAGAACCCGAAUCCGACCCGCGUCGGCGUGCUGCUGGAUUGCGAGGAGGGAACGGCCACUUUCUAUAACGUACAGGACCGGGCAUACCCGUUCCAUACGUUUGUGUUCCAGUUCGCCGAGGCAGUGUACCCGGCGUUCUGGCUCUUCUCCAGCGGCUCGUCUGUUAGCCUGUGCAAGCUGCAGUCUUGAGAAGUUAACACACAAACACACAUUCUUCUCCCUCGCAAAUAAUUAGAAUAUACAGCAUCUGGGUCAAUAAAUGACUUAAUCAUACUGAUAUUGGGAACUUGUAUCUUAAAGGUUAUUAUUUGGUUGUGGUCACUGACUAUAGUAAUAAUGCAGUGUAGGUCAUAUCAUUUUGGACUUUGGUCUCUUGUAACUGCAGCAACCUCUAAACAGGCAGCAUUUGUUAAUCAGUAACUAAUGAAAACUAAGCACUUGCAUACAGGUAAAGGAACAUUACAAAUUAUUAUACAAUAUUAUUGUAUUGUCAAAAGCAUGGUUGACAUCCUUACUACCUUUUUGUUUUACUACUGUUGUGAUGUCAGCAGCAUGCCGUGAAAGGAAUUUAAGCCGAUUUAUUCCUUAAUGGUUCAUCAGACAUAGCGAGUUACAUUGGCUGGAUAGAAGGAAUUAGCUGACACUGUGAUCAUUCAUGUCUGAUUCGCAAGGGGUUACGUGACGUGCUAUAGGCAAACACGACUUACAAACAGAACUACUAAGUGGUAUUUGAACCAGGCGAAUGAGUUCUUUCUCCGGCUCUGCAGUCCUGGCUAAAUGUCUUGAUCAUCCAGUUUACAGAUACAUUUAAGUGGUCUGUGGGUAGCUGUUUACAGCCUGUUUUAUCAGAGCUUAUGAUCUCUUGGUGUGGGUCUUGGCAGUACACAGUAAUCACAUGUAAUAUACACAAAACGACGUGAAUAAACAUGUCUAACGUGUAUGUUAUCUACUGUAUGUGAACAGUACCACAACGUUCAGAAGGCCAUGUACUGGCACACCUACGCAAGAGGUGAAAACAGAAAAGCAUCCACAUUAUUAUUGAUACCCCCAAAGGAAAAGUGGGUAUCCGUUCACUUUUUUUCUUGAUCUAAUACAUUUCGCUACAGUGUUUCACAUAGAGCCUGGAAGUGAAGGGGGUUUCCGCAUGGUGCAGUGUGAGGAUGUGCUGAAAGCGCUUCUUGACACUGCUACUACAGGCUUGAUAGAACCUAGCCUGGUUGCCAGAUCUGCAUUUGUUUUAGAAUUACACUGAACAGGGCAGAGGAGUUGGUUGAUCUGGCAACCAGGCUAGAUAGACCCAGCCUGGCCCAUAAGAACAAGCAGUGGUCAUUUAGACCCUGUGAACAGGAGUUGUUCCAACUCUGUGGGUUUUGUAAAUAGGGAUGAUUUAGGGCUGGGGGUUUUCCUGUCUAUGUGACCAGACAAAAGAAAAACUCUGGGCCCAAGUUAUAGCUAAUUUAGCUAUAGCCCAUAGCUAGGGCCUUCUCAUGUCCUAGAAGGGUACGUAUCUGUAGCACAGUGAUGGUCUGUUGGUGUUAGUUUGGACAUCUGUGGGUGUCACAUUGUCUGUAACACGGGUGCAUGCUUCUCAUAAUUCAUGCCUCUGAUAUUGUGGAUUGGAACUUUUCCAUUUAUGGACAUAGUGCCAUUGCUACGAUCGGAGAGCAAGUUGAGAAUAGCAUGUGAUGGAUUCGUUUUGCUUUGCAAAGCCCGGUGCCAAAUGAAUAGUUGGUGUCAUUGCCUUCUCCCGCUAUAGAAACACUAGUUUUCCUGAUUUUUAAGGGAUUUCGACUGUUAGUGGAAUGAAGGCAAGCUGAUAUUUAAGGAAAAGAUGAAUUCAUUUGCUGGAUUUAAGCCAUUAUUGCCACUGGCUUUUUAAGAGAUCCCCAAAGGUUUGGACAAAGUCUGAACGACUCGCGUACACAACACCAGAUGGAGCAAAGAUCAGAGGGCCAUUGUCAUGGUCCUUGUGUGUCAGCACGUUAUCCUCUCUGUCCAUUCCUUCCAUCUUAUAAACUCGGUUCUUAAUUAAUGUGCUGAUGGUGUACUUCGUGUUGGUUUGGUUUACUGACUUUGUUUGAUCGAGUCUUGUAUAUUUGAAAUUGUUGGUUGUGUUUUAAAGGGUAAGGUAUUGAUUCUGUUUGUGUAUAAGGGGUUUAAUCUGGUUAAAGACAACUUGAUAAUGUCCCCUCGUGAUUUACUAUUAUAAGCUAUUUUGUGCUAAUAUAUUCCUCCAAAAAUGUAUCACAUACAAAUACAUAUAGUUACUAAUGAGUGUGGUGGUUGUGGCUUAUUUGUUCCACAUAUCUAGACACGUAUAUACUGCAUUUGGGGAUUAUAUUACUUCAAACUGCUCAGUAGACUUACCGCAAGUGCAUGGGAAGAAAAACUACUAUUGCUUUUCAUAUUAUAUACAUGUAAAACAAUGACAUUCAUAAUAUAUAUGAAAAUAUUUAUUAUUGGUGUUUCCAAAUCCUAAUUUACAUUGCUUAUUACAUUCAGUGAAAUGAUCCGUUUCAACAUCUGUAGUAGCAAAUUCAGGAAAGCCGAUUUAUUUUCAUCUUUGUCUCUUAAAUGUUCCUCUUUUUUUAAUUGCUUUAAAGUGAUUCAUUGUUUGCUUACAAUAAAAGUAAUCGAUCCAUC